AUGGCCUUCCCCCCUGUCGAGUCGCGGAAAGACGCCAUUGUCGUACUGCGUAGGGACUCGGCUUCCUCACGCAGCAGUUCGCACAACAGUUCUGCGACUCCCACACACAGCAGUCCUCGGCCUACACCAACCCGCGAUUUAACCUCGGGCCACAACUUGCACUCGGAACCCUUUACCCCCAGUUCCACAAUCGUUGAGUUCGGUGAUCUGGGGCGAGGGCAUGUCCCAUCCGCGGCCCAGCUGGUUGAGAGCGUUGCCCGGUCCUUCAGCCAGUCUCGCGUGGGCGCCUCCGAGUCUCGCUCCAACAGCAAGGCCCGUUUGGGACAGGACAAUCGCGACGGUCGCGAAGGGCGGGAGAGCAGGGAUCAAAGCCGGAGUAGGUCCGUGGCUACUCCGACGGCGCCGAGGGAGUCCAGAGACCGGUCACAGUCCACCCAACGCAGAUCGAGCAAUGCAAAAGACGCUCGAGGCACGGCCACCGAUAGAAAUGCGACCAGCGACCGUGGUCUGGCAGAAGAGCGGAUCAACAGGUUCCUUCAGUCGAUGGCUCAACAAGCGGCCCAGAGCUCCGAGAGCGAGCUGCUGCAGGAGAACAAGAGCCUGUAUCAGCGAAUCGCCGCAUUGCAACGCACCGAACGCGAACUUCUGGCCGAGAACCAAGAUCUCACCCGUAAGCUCGCGGCGCUGAAACAACAUCACGAACGCCGAGCACGUCAGUGGAACGAAGGAAUACGUCGCAAAGAGACCGAGUACGAGGCUCGGAUGCGCGAGUUGGGCAAACAGUUGUUGGAUCUUGUCAGCAAGAACCCGCAGAAAUUGCCCGGCAUCCUGUCGGAUGAGGAGAUCUCGGCCUGGUUCGAUGAGCAAGAUGGGGCCUGGAACAAGUGGGCAACGACCUUUGGGCACCAAGACGCCAACCGGCUCGCCGACGGUCUUCACCCCCUUCAACUCCAAGAGCUUUGUGGCGAUGUCAAGGCUUUUGUCCGCAUGACAGAGUCUGGGACCCUCCCGCCGGAAAUCGUCGGCGGCGGCAAAGAGGCCUUGCACACUCUCCUCAACGGCAUGCUAGCCAACUUUAUCUGCGACGAGAUUAUUGCCUCCCCCAUGUGGGUGUUCGUCGCUGCGUCGCUCGGCACCUUGGAAAGCCCCGGCAUUUUCCCUGCCAAAGCCCUACCUAGUUUGCCCGGGGUUGGCUUCCGCAUGGACAUGAACAGCUUCAGCGAAGUGGCACCUCUCCGACCUGGCAACCCUGUUCAGACACCACGCAGCCCGCAAUUCCCGCCGCCUCUGAUCACAUCCAUGAUGCCGGCACUCGGCAGCGGAGCAUCUUUCCUCGGACUUCCCCUGAAGCCUGACAUGGAGCGACUUGUUCGCAUGCUCACAGACGCCCAGGAUGAAGACACAAGAGACGUUGCAGAUGCAGGUCGAAACGAAUCCCGUCGCUCGUUUGUUGAAUCACGCCUCAACUACGCGAGAAAGCUGAAGGAGCGCUUCCUUGGCGGAUCCGCCCGGUUCCUGCUACAAGAUCAAGACGCGAGCGGAAUCGAGCGGCUUGAGCGCAUGUUGAGUGACAUGAUCGACGAUGCGUUGAGAUUCUCCUGCAGACUGUGGACUCGUGUAGCACCCCACCGCUUGCAUGGUUGGAAGGAUCUCGGAAGCAAGGAAGUCAGAGCCGCCACCCCGCUUGUCACCCUUUGCCACGCCCAAGUCGAAGUCGAAUCUCGCACUCACCGGAGCGGGACCCCGAAAGACAAACCUUCUGGUUCACCGCAAGAAAGCCAGACCGAGCAACCGAUCGUCAUGGUCGUGCAGCCUGCCGUGGUGACCGACAGUAUCAGCCUUCCAGGGAUCAAUGUGAGCAAUGAUGGUGUAGCUCUGGUCUGGUUGAGGGCCAGGGUCAUGUUGGCGGGCCCAAUGGCUGUCGAGGUUGGAGAAUCAUCACCUGCAGGAGUUGGGACCCAGACCUCACCAAGACCGGAUAACGAACCCAGUCCAGCCGCAUUGAACAUAUCAGGAAGCGGAACAAGCUCAGCGCCAGUACCUGGCACGCCCAAGGCUUUCGAGAUGUUGCCUGCCUCGUCCUUCAAGCCAUCAGGGGAUGCCCCAUCAUAG